AUGACCGACCUCAAGUUUGCACUGCAACAGCCAUCUCAGUGGUUCAUCCUUGCUCAGGACCGCCAACAGUGGAGGGAAGUACGGGUUGCCCCUCAGUCGAGCUCCACCAUGCCCAAGUCUGUGCAUUGCGUAGUGUGUGACCGGAAAUUCUCACGGGUCUCCGAUAGAACGCGGCACAAGUGCACCACUCAGAGACGGCUUCCCAUCCAGCUCCAGCAUGGAUCAGUGCAAUGCCAGAACUGCCAGAGGUGGUUCCGCAGCAAGGGUGGCUACUCUGUUCAUCGAUGCCAGCCUGUCACGAGUUCUCCUACACCAACAGUCACUGUGACUGGCUGGUUUGUCUCCAUAAUACUGCUAUCUGUGUGCAGGAGUGACCUUGGACCGGAGGUAGGCUAUGAAGCCAUUGGUGUCUGUGACAGCCAGCUGCCCACCGUUGCUGUGUGGGCCAAGGCAACCGCACAGGACACACCAGCUGCAGCAGCAGCCUCAGCACAGGGUGACAACACGCUGCGAUCUGACACAGAACAGGAGGAAGUGUCUGACGAGAAACCAAAGAAAAAAAAGAAGUCCAAGAAGGCGAAGAAAGAGCCUGUCACUAAGGAACUGGUUCAGGAUGCGGAGAAGAAGGUGGACCCAGAGAAUUAUGGAAAGGGCGUUGUCUUCUACAUGCGAGAGAAGAAGGUUGUUGGUAUUCUCCUGUGGAAUGUCUUCCACCGUAUGCCUCUGGCAAGAAGGAUUAUUGCUGAUGCUGAAGAUCAUGAGGACCUAGGGGAGCUUGCAAAGAAGUUCAGACUUCACGAGGAGUGAACAAAGAAAAUAUCCAAACCUGCCUUGCUGGUUCAGCAGCCAGAUAAUCAGACUGGCAAACCCAAGACAUCACAUGCACAAGGUCCAUGAAUUGCCUUGUUCACAAAAGACCCAUUUGGUCAAUAUUUUUUAAGCAUAACACCUUCCAUUUUUUUUUAAAAACCAUGCCCAUGGAGUCGCCCUCUUCAGGGUUGUACAUAGCUUUGUUCUACACCUAGUGUACAGACAGUGAUGCCCAUUAGCCAGACAUAGGAUAUUUCUCGCUCUUAUUAUUUCUUAUCUUGGACAAUGGAGUUCACGAUCUUCCAAUUGCAUAAGUUUUUCAAACCAUUUUUAGAACUCAGCUAAUUUUGCUGAAUGCAAGUGUCAGCUACAAACCAACAACACCUUGUUCUGUUCCCCACCUGAACGAUCACAUUACGUGUGCGUACCCAGAGAGGCAACAUACAUACAUACACACACAAAGGAACAGAUUGAGUUGUCGAUGGAAAAUACCGAGUGUCAGAUCUGAUGGAGGUGUGUACAGUCAGUAUGAAAGAGCUCGUACACAGUAGCAGCGCAGAGAAUAAUAAUGCUUGUUGUCGAAUAUCACUUGGGGAAGGUGCACAGCAGCAGCAGCACACUUUCAGGACAAACAACCACCAGAGCAGCAGAGUUUAAAAAAAUCAAGUACAGAUGUAACAUGUACACUGGGAGUCUCUCCUCAAAGCUGCAGUCACCAAACAAGUCAGUGAUCUAGCAGCGAUCCCAUAGGGCGAUGGGCAUUGGGGACGACGCGCAGGGCACGUCAGAAAGACAGCAGCAAGAGCAGAGUGGCGGUUGUUGUUGCAACGGC